CGCAUUCUCUACCGACCUUACGUCUUUCCCAGUAGGCACCGGGAGCCACCGCGAGACUUCAACAAUUCUCGCGAGAUUUAUCGGCAGCCAUCUUCUUGGGGGUACUGGGAGCCGGGAAGACCCCCUGAAUCGUUCCCAUUGAGCUGCCCUUCGCCUUCGCUUUCUUUACUUUUGCCUUUUCGACGUAGCCAACAAGCACCUAGUCCCGAGGCUGAGAGAACGCCCGGGUCUAAGCGCGUGUCGCGCUUCCGGUCAGGAUAAAUUUGCUGGGGAAGAGGAAAGGGGGAGGGCCCGGGCAAACCGUUGCUGCUUCAGCCCGGACGGGGGUCCGGGGACUCGGAGCUCCUGGCGUCCCGUGGACUUGAGGCCUGCGGCGGUCCCUGCAGAGCUGUUCGCCGACCGGGGCCCGCGGGAGCCUGCCACCGGCGCCUCCCACCGCGGCCCACGCGGGCGGCGCGCGGAGGAGGGGGCGGGGGCAGCAGCGGCUGUAGCGGCCGCGACCUGGGCGGGCGGAGGAGUGUGACGGGCCUUAGGGCCGCUGUGGAUGGUUUCUAAAAUGAUCAUUGAAAACUUCGAGGCACUCAAGUCCUGGCUCAGCAAGACUCUCGAGCCCAUCUGUGAUGCAGAUCCAUCUGCCCUAGCAAAGUAUGUUCUGGCUUUGGUAAAGAAAGACAAAAGUGAAAAAGAGUUAAAGGCAUUAUGUAUUGAUCAGCUGGAUGUAUUUCUUCAGAAAGAGACACAGAUAUUUGUGGAAAAACUUUUCGAUGCUGUGAAUACAAAGAGUUACCUACCUCCUCCAGAGCAGCCAUCAUCAGGAAGCCUGAAGGUAGAAUUUUUUCCACACCAAGAAAAAGAUAUAAAGAAAGAAGAGAUCACUAAGGAGGAAGAGCGAGAGAAGAAGUUUUCUAGAAGGCUAAAUCACAGUCCUCCCCAGUCAAGCUCCCGAUACAGGGAGAAUAGAAGCCGUGAUGAGAGAAAGAAAGAUGAUCGUUCUCGCAAAAGAGAUUAUGAUCGAAACCCUCCUCGAAGAGAUUCAUACAGAGACCGGUACAAUAGAAGACGAGGGCGGAGUCGCAGUUACAGCAGGAGUCGAAGUCGAAGUUGGAGUAAAGAGAGGCUUCGUGAGAGGGACAGAGAUAGAAGCAGGACUAGAAGCAGAAGCAGAACACGAAGCAGGGAAAGGGAUCUGGUAAAACCUAAAUAUGACCUGGAUAGAACAGAUCCGUUAGAAAAUAAUUACACUCCAGUCUCUUCGGUACCUAGUAUUUCAUCUGGCCACUAUCCUGUACCUACUUUGAGCAGCACUAUUACAGUAAUUGCUCCUACUCAUCAUGGUAACAACACUACCGAAAGUUGGUCUGAAUUUCAUGAAGACCAGGUGGACCAUAACUCAUACGUAAGACCACCCAUGCCAAAGAAACGGUGUAGAGACUAUGAUGAAAAAGGUUUUUGUAUGAGAGGAGACAUGUGUCCGUUCGAUCAUGGAAGUGACCCAGUAGUUGUAGAAGAUGUGAAUCUUCCUGGUAUGCUGCCUUUCCCAGCACAGCCUCCUGUUGUUGAAGGACCACCUCCUCCUGGACUCCCCCCACCUCCACCAAUUCUUACACCCCCACCUGUGAACCUCAGGCCCCCAGUGCCACCUCCAGGUCCAUUGCCACCAAGUCUCCCACCUGUCACAGAUGAUAUUUCUUAUUCUUUGGUUUUGACAGGACCACCACCUCCACUUCCUCCUUUGCAGCCAUCUGGCAUGGAUGCUCCCCCAAACUCUGCAACCAGUUCUGUUCCUACUGUAGUAACAACUGGCAUUCAUCACCAGCCUCCUCCUGCUCCACCCUCUCUUUUUACUGCAGUUUUUGUAUUACCAGAUACAUAUGACACAGAUGGCUACAAUCCUGAAGCCCCAAGCAUAACAAACACUUCCAGACCUAUGUAUAGACACAGAGUGCAUGCACAAAGGCCCAACUUGAUAGGACUAACAUCAGGGGAUAUGGAUUUGCCACCCAGAGAAAAGCCUCCUAAUAAAAGCAGUAUGAGGAUAGUAGUGGACUCAGAAUCAAGGAAAAGAACCAUUGGUUCUGGAGAGCCUGGAGUUCCUACAAAGAAGACUUGGUUUGAUAAACCAAAUUUUAAUAGAACAAACAGCCCAGGCUUUCAGAAGAAGGUUCAAUUUGGAAAUGAAAAUACCAAACUUGAACUUAGAAAAGUUCCUCCAGAAUUAAAUAAUAUCAGCAAACUUAAUGAACAUUUUAGUCGAUUUGGAACCUUGGUUAACUUACAGGUUGCUUAUAAUGGUGAUCCUGAAGGUGCCCUUAUCCAAUUUGCAACAUAUGAAGAAGCAAAGAAAGCAAUAUCAAGUACGGAAGCAGUAUUAAACAAUCGCUUUAUUAAGGUUUAUUGGCACAGAGAAGGAAGCACUCAGCAGUUACAAACUACUGCUCCAAAGGUAAUGCAGCCUUUAGUCCAGCAGCCUAUUUUGCCUGUUGUGAAGCAGUCAGUCAAAGAGCGACUGGGUCCAGUACCUUCAAGUACUAUUGAACCUGCAGAAGCCCAGAGUGCCACUUCAGACCUUCCUCAGAAUGUAACUAAGUUAUCUGUGAAGGACAGGUUGGGUUUUGUAUCAAAGCCAUCUGUUUCAGCAACUGAAAAGGUGUUGUCUACAUCUACUGGCCUAACAAAAACAGUGUAUAAUCCAGCUGCUUUGAAGGCUGCCCAAAAAACCUUACUUGUUUCCACCUCUGCAGUUGAUAAUAAUGAAGCACAGAAAAAAAAACAGGAAGCGUUGAAACUUCAGCAGGAUGUAAGGAAAAGGAAACAAGAAAUUUUAGAAAAGCACAUUGAAACACAGAAGAUGUUAAUUUCAAAACUGGAGAAAAACAAAACAAUGAAGUCUGAAGACAAAGCAGAAAUAAUGAAAACUUUAGAGGUUUUGACAAAAAAUAUUACCAAGUUAAAAGAUGAGGUCAAAGCUGCUUCUCCUGGACGCUGUCUUCCAAAAAGCAUAAAAACCAAGACUCAGAUGCAGAAGGAACUACUUGACACAGAACUGGAUUUAUAUAAGAAGAUGCAGGCUGGAGAAGAAGUCACUGAACUUAGGAGGAAGUAUACAGAAUUACAGCUGGAAGCUGCCAAACGAGGGAUUCUUUCAUCUGGUCGGGGCAGAGGAAUUCAUUCAAGAGGUCGAGGUGCAGUUCAUGGCCGAGGCAGGGGGCGAGGGCGAGGGCGAGGUGUACCUGGUCAUGCUGUGGUGGAUCACCGUCCCAGGGCAUUGGAGAUUUCUGCAUUUACAGAGAGUGAUAGAGAAGAUCUUCUUCCUCAUUUUGCGCAAUAUGGUGAAAUUGAAGAUUGUCAGAUUGAUGAUUCUUCACUUCAUGCAGUAAUUACAUUCAAGACAAGAGCAGAAGCUGAAGCAGCUGCAGUUCAUGGAGCUCGUUUCAAAGGGCAAGAUCUAAAACUGGCAUGGAAUAAACCAGUAACUAAUAUUUCAGCUGUUGAAACAGAAGAAGUUGAGCCUGAUGAAGAAGAACAGAGAGAGAUCAUCAUUGCCUGAAUUUAGCUUUGUGACUGCGAGAACAAGACCAGUUCCUGUCUGGAGACGACUGUUAUAAUAAUACCAUCCUAUUAUUUUAUGUUCACUCUUUAUCAAUUUGAACUGAUGUUUACAUGUACUAUAAUUAGCAUUUUAUCUCUACAGUUUGCUAAGAGUACAUCUGAGUUUAAAGUGUAUCUGAAUGUGUGCUCUGACCUUAUUCUUAGGUGUUUUCUCCCCGUACUUUAUAGCCAUUUAUUUUUUAAACAUCUUAAGAAAGAACGAAAAAAUUCUCUUGGAUGACAUAUAUUCAGUCUGAGCCAAAUUGAGGAUUGUGUCUAGGAAAUCUGUAAAGCCAUGCUACUGUGUUCUUUAGCAUGAACAAUUUAAAAUGAAAAUGAAUUAAAAAGUUAAACGUGAGUUUGGUUUUAAUUUUGGGGGGUCUUAAGAUAUAUUUCUGGGAGUAGGAUAAGCACUUGAAAUAAUUUUGAAUCGAUCAUAAAGUACUUUUUUUUGUACUGUAAUAGCUUGUGCAUUUCUUCUAAAUAUACUUUCUGAUGUUGUUGCUAAGGCCAUUUACCCAAACAUUUUUUUAAAAAAUUCUUAGCUCUUCAAAGCCAACAAUGAAAAUAAUUUUCUUCCAAGUGACAAAUGAUCUGUGGAUUAUAAAUAUUUAAAAAAUCUAUUAAAUGUCUUAACAUAAUUUUUUCACAUUUUUUUGACUUUCAAUCAAGACAUCAAAGACUAUUUUAAAGCAAGAGGAAAUAGUGUUGUGUGCCUAACAUUGGUAAAGACUGGUUUUUAACCAUUUUAAGAAGUGUAUGUCCAAAUCGUUUAUAAAACAGUAUGGCUUAAUAUGGCUUAGAAUUACUUAUAAAGAAUAUGAUUAAAUCUCAUCCUAAAUAUGUACUCACAAUAUCCCUUUUAUAAUGGGCAUCAUAAGAAAUGUUUUAACUUAGUUUCUGAGUAUUCCUUCAUAGAUUCUCAGGAGGCAUUUAAGAAGUUGGAAGCUAUGUUUGGUAGUAACUAUAUUAAAAAAGUUCAAUUUACACUGAUUUUUAUUCACCCUUAUUUUUUAUUUUUAUCCAACCAUACUCACUUUGUCACUUCUUUUUUGUGUGAAGCUGAAUAAUCUGAAAACUUUUCUUUCCCCUUGAGUAUGCAUUGCAUUUGUCAUCAUGAAAAGUAAAAAGAAUGUAAUUAACCCAUCAGCCAUAAUGUAAAUUAUCUGUUUUGAUCCACAUUGGUUGGACAGAGCAUGGUUAAUUCAAGUCUUGGUUAAAGAAAAAGUACAUAUUUUGGAAAGUCUUCUAAUAUACUUAGGACCUAGUAGCUUACCAGGCUUUUUUUUUUUUUAAUUGUUAGACUUUUGGUUAACAUUUUACAAACUAGCUGCAGGGUGUUCAUAAACACUUUCCCAAAUUUGUUGAGUAUUUUACAUUGUGAACAGAGAAUUUUUUGUCCCCACAACAGUGGUUUGCUGCGAGGAUAAAGACGUUUGUCUGAAGACACUAUACUUGGUGUAAACAUUAUUGAUUGGUUAAUGGAUAUAUGGACCACAUACUACUACUUGCAACUUUGUCAUCCUGGUGUUUUCGUUUGCUUUGGGUUUUCAUUUUUUUGGUUUUAAAAUUGAAAACAAAGCAAAACAAAAUUGAAGAUGCCAUUGAGAAUCAGAAGUCAAGAUGAUUUGAUUCUCACCAAGCUAACUGUGCUUUUUGAAAAUUGCUGUGAGAUCUAGUCAGUUACACGUUUAAAAUCCCCAUGUGUUGAUUAAUUAAAGAUAAGGUUUUCAUUAUUUUCCUAAAUAGGAUUCUCAUGGAGCUAUUGUAGAUAACUGUACAGAAUCACUUUUGUGUAAUUGAUUGAAGCGAUUUACCUCUGCAUGAUUGCAUAAUGAAAGCCUUUUAUACAUCUUUAUAUUUUUCAAUAUACUUAGAUUUUACACUGUUAAGCUGCUCUAGUCAUGCUAUAUUUUUUUUAAUAGAGUUUAUAAAUGUUUAUGCUCAAAAUACAGAUCAACUGAAUAUUUUUGGUCUUGUUUACAAGAUAAAUGAUACUUUAAAAUGAUACAGGCCCCUCAAGUGUCUUAGGAAAAAGUCACUGGUGCUAUGAAACCUUUCAGUAUCAUUUUUGAACCCAUUGUCGAGACUUUGCUAGGUUUUAAUCUGAUUGCUUGUGAUUUAUUGUAACCUGGCAGCAUAAUUAUAAAAGUGGUCUGUGCUGAGUCAGAUAAAGAGCCCAGCCUGUUAGAAACAAUCAUAAUUUAAGAACAUGAUGCAGAAUGACCACACACUUAUUUGUGCCGAGCUUCCCAAAAAGAAAACUGUUAAGAAGGCAGUUAAUUUGGCUAGAAUCCAAAAAUUCAUUCAGCACGGCUUUCUCUUAUUUCAAAUGAAAACUUUUCCUAGUACUAAAAUACGUAAUUCUGCUUUGCUUUCAAUUCUCAUCUGUCCUUCACUCAACAGGAGGCAUCAUGAUUCCUAAAUAUUUACGGAACAGUUUUUGAAUUGUAAAGAGUUGUAGUAUUGCAUUGUAGGUUUUUGCAUUGAUGUGUCGAUUUUUUUGUUUUGUCCCCAAGAUUUCCUUCCAUCACCUUAGUGAAUGUUCAUAUGAUAAAAUGUUUUAAGUAUCAGCAAAACAUCCAUGGAUGCCUGCUUUUGAUUCUCAGAAGCCUAAACCUGUUUUGGGUCUGAUGUUACUUCAGAACAUAUUGUCUGGCACAAGAAUUCUUCUAAUAAGUGGUUUAUUUUAACUCAAUUUCAGUGGACUGUUGAAAAACACCAAAGGAGUCUUUUUCUUGUCUGGAGACUGGAUUGUUCCAGAUGUAAAUACCUGUGCCCAUAAGUAUCCCAUUUCAUGAAUAUGUGUUGGUUGGUAUAGGGAAAACAAAUUCCCUGCUCUUUGAGUGGAGCGAAAGCAGUUGGUUAAGCUGUAGCAGCUAUUAUUUUUUUAAAGUGAUAAUAAAACUUGAACUGAAAAAAGAUAAAACUUGAACUAGAAAACUACUCGUACGCUUAGAAUGUUUAUAGUAUUAAAUGUUUAUGUGGGGUUGUCAACAUUUUUUAUUAUUUAUAGUUGAAUUUUGUUUGUUAUCCAUAUUGUUUAUUUUUAUAUUUUGAAAAAUUUUAAAAUAAAAUAGUCUUACUAAAAACAA